AAUCUCUCAAGCUCUUCCCGCUGUGUCUGUAGCUGCCGGAAAAUGCCACAAUCCCAGAAACCACCGCGCGCCUCAGAACUUCCGGCCCCCUCGCUUCCGUUCCUGUCAGUCCGUUCGGCUUAGCAGGCAGCCCAGAGGGUAACGAUGGCCGAGUUGGACAUCGGAAAGCACUGCCAGGUGGAGCACUGCCGGCAGAAAGAUUUUCUUCCAUUUGUGUGUGAUGGAUGUUCAGGAAUAUUCUGUCUUGAGCACAGAAGCAGGGAGUCUCAUGGCUGUUCUGAGGUGAACAUAAAAAGUGAGAGAUUGAAGACUGAUGACCAUUCAUCUUACCCAUGUUCAUACAAGGACUGCAGUGGAAGAGAGCUUGUGCCAGUGUUAUGUCCCUUCUGUGAGAAGAAUUUUUGCCUGAGACACCGGCACCAGUCAGACCAUGAAUGUGAAAAGCUGGAAGUUCCUCAGGCUCGGAUGGCUGCCACACAGCAGCUUGUUAAAGAAAUCAUAGAUUCUAAGAAAGGAACAGCAAUAAGCAGAGGUCGCAGAGGUGCAAAGAACAGUGAAACUGCAGCAAAAGUUGCACUGAUGAAAUUAAAAAUGCACGCUGAUGGAGAUAAAUCUUUGCCACAGACAGAAAGAAUUUACUUUCAGGUAUUUUUACCUAAGGGGAGCAAGGAGAAAAGCAAGCCCAUGUUCUUUUGUUAUAAAUGGAGUAUUGGCAAGGCGGUGGAUUUUGCAGCUUCAUUAGCCAGCCUUAAAAAUGAGAACAACAAAGCAACGGCCAAGAAAUUAAGAUUGUGUAACAUUGCAACAGGAGAAGCCUUACCUUCAGAUCAAUCUUUGGACACAUGGAUUACUAAGGAAGAUUGCCCUUUAUAUAAUGGUGGAAAUAUUAUCUUAGAAUAUCUUAACAACGAAGAACAAUUUUUGGAAAAUGCUGAUUCUUACUUAAAGUAGCCAUUCAAGGACAACCCACAAUUAUUAGGAAAACAAUACAUUUAAAAAUUAAUUUAUUAAAUAUUAACACCAUGUACUCUUCAAAGAAAGGUACUUUUAAGCUUAGUUCAACUAUGACAGUGAUACAUUAUUUAAUGAGUUUUUAUAUAAAGUAUUUUUGUAAUUAUGCUAAAAAUUAUGAUAAAAGUAAUUUUGGGCUGAAAACCAAAUAUCAAUAAAUUCAAGUAAAGCAUUACUGUAUACAUGUACACACAGAUAGCACAUAGGUCACUUCCUAUGAUGGAUAGUAGUUCUUUAUCUAAAACUUCAUCAGAAGAAGUGGUAAUAAAAGAGGAAACAUAGGAAUAAUAAUAAUAGUAAUAACUGUUUUAAAGUUUGCAAAGUGCUUCAUAAUAUAUUACCUCAUUUGAGCCUUAUAAUAACCCUGCUGGCUCAGGCUGGGGGUGGUAGGAAUGCCAAAUAUUGGGGGUGGGGAAGAUGUUGCUGUACAAAAUCAUCACUAACUAUUAAAGUUCAAUGCGCCAGAAACAGUGCAUGAUGAUAGUCUUGAGGGAAGGAAGGGGAUUGUGGAAUAAGAUUAAAGGAUGGGAAGAGAGGAGAUGAGAAUUCCAAUUUAAUAUACCAAGAGGAGAGAGGAGCAGAAGGGAAAGGUAUAGAGGAAGAGAAACUUCCAGUAUAUAAAUCUGUGUUAAGACAGAGGUUGGGUUUCACAAGAUUUGUGGCAAGAGCUUAAUAGUUUUUAUUAAAUUCAGUGUAAAAAGGUUGAUUUAAUAAAAAUCUGCUUUUAUA